GGGCGCGCCCGGGACCGGGUCCCCAGGAUUGAUCCAUACGGGUUUGAAAGGCCUGAAGACUUCGAUUAUGCCGCUUAUGAGGAGUUUUUUUCCACCUACCUGGUGAUACUCACCAGAAGAGCAAUAAAGUGGUCUAAACUUCUGAAGGGGAGUGGUCGUGUACAGAGAAGUGGAACAGUGAAGCGCUAUAUCCGGAAAGGCGUGCCCCUCGAGCACCGGGCCCGCGUCUGGAUGGGGGUGAGUGGAGCCCAGGCCCAGAUGGACCAGAACCCCGGCUAUUACCAGCGACUCCUCCAGGGAGAGCGGUGCGACAGGCUGGAGGAGGCCAUCAGGACAGAUAUGAACAGGACCUUCCCGGACAACAUAAGAUUCCGGAAGAGCGCAGAUCCAUGCUUACAAAAGACCCUGUACAAUGUGCUGUUGGCCUAUGGGCGCCACAACCAAGGCGUGGGCUACUGCCAGGUAAGCGCCAGGAAAGUAGCACAUGCUGGGGGGGAGGUGAGCGUGAUCAGCGCCCCACAGCAUAUAGCAGGGACAACGUGGUGUGCAGAUGUCCCCACGUACCGCCAGCAGACUCUCGCUGCGGUACGGUGGGGCCUCGCUUUGGGGCCGCUCCCAAGGCUCCUGGUGUCUUGCUGCAGAGGCUCCCUGGGACUCGUCUUCAGGAAAGGGUUCUCCGCGACAGCCCUGCUUCCCUCCUGGCGGAGAGGGGGCCAGGGACACAGAGCCUGGGUUUCUGCUCUCGUCCGUGUGGCAGAUUACUACAGUCCCGCCAUGCUGGGUCUGAAGACAGACCAGGAGGUCCUGGGGGAGCUGGUGAGGACCAAGCUGCCGGCGGUGGCGGCCCUGAUGGACGGGCACGGCGUCCUGUGGACCCUGGUGGUGUCGCGCUGGUUCAUCUGCCUGUUUGUGGACAUCCUGCCCGUGGAGACGGUGCUCCGAAUCUGGGACUGUUUGUUCAACGAAGGGUCCAAGAUCAUCUUCCGGGUGGCCCUGACCCUGAUUAAGCAGCAUCAGGCCUUUAUUUUGGAAGCGACCAGCGUGGCGGACAUCAGUGAGAGGUUCAAGGAGAUCACCAGGGGGAGUUUUGUGACUGAGUGCCACACCUUCAUGCAGAAAAUAUUCUCUGAGCCUGGGAGCUUGUCCAUGACCACCAUCACCAGGCUGCGCGAGAGCUGCAGGGCCAGGCUGCUGGCACAGGGCUGACCCGGGGCCCUGCCUGCUGCCCACCGCGAGGCUUCAUUUCCACGGCUGACCAGUUUUUACUGCUUCCCUCUUCAGUGCUGUGAAUACUCGGUGUCGCUACACUUGUGAAUUUUUUAAAAGAACGAUUUAGAAUUCUGUCAUUCUGUAACUCAGUUAUGGGCUAUGAAGUCAUAAAUUUCUAAAAAUGUAUUUUUACUUGAGAUGUUCACCCAUAAAAUGUGAGAUGUACGUAUUUAUCAUAAAGAU